ACGUACUCAACCAUUAUCGCUCGCUGGAAGAAAGUCUCUGGUCUCUCCUUUAAUAAACAUCUAGGUGGAAUUAUGGCAGAAACUACAGAUAAUCUUCUGAUCUCAACAAGGCCUUCUGACUCUGGGCUUCAUGUUGCACUACAUCCUCUUGUUCUCCUCACCAUCUCCGACUACGCUACAAGACAUGCUGCCCGCCAACAGACUGGACCCAUCGUGGGCGCGCUUUUAGGACAGCAACAAGGCCGACAGAUAACUUUAGAACAUGCGUUCGAGUGCCACACAAUUACAAAUCCCGACAAUGAGAUUAUUCUUGAUUCGGGCUGGUUUGAAAGUCGGGUACAGCAGUUCAGAGAUGUACACAAAGAUCCUCCGCUAGACAUAGUCGGAUGGUUCGCUCUAACUCCGCAAUCUGGACCUUCUUCAUCCCUCCUUGCCAUACAUCGCCAUAUCCUACAAGAGUACAACGAAUCAGCCCUUUUACUCACAUUUCACCCAUCACAAAUAUCCCCAGAUUCUUCAAGCGGGGCGAAACUCCCUGUGACUGUUUACGAGAGUAUAUUUGAGGGAGAGAAUGUCGCGGAUACCAAACCAGCAGCGCAGGUUGGAGAUGAUAAGCAGGCUUUACAAAUUCGUUUCCGCGAGCUACCAUUUUCGAUAGAGACCGGCGAGGCUGAAAUGAUAAGUGUUGAUUUUGUGGCCAGAGGCGCUGGUAAUGCCAUGGCUAUUGAAGAGUUGGGCAGACCUGUUCCAAAAGCGACGGCAACGACAGUAGAGGUUGGAGACUCAAAUGCAGAUGAAUCUGUGGUUCUGUCACCAGAAAAUGAAGAAUUCAUUGCGAAUCUCUCCACACGCCUCAAUGCUGUCAAGACACUCGAAUCUCGUAUACGCCUCAUAAGAUCAUUCCUCCAAAACCUGCCACCAUCAGCGAUAGAUGGCAAGAGUCAAACCCCAACAACCCAGGGAACACACUCAUUACUUCGCAACAUAUCUGCUCUCGUAUCCGGCCUUUCUCUUCUUACUCCACAAGACUCCAAAUCAUUUGCAGUAGAGUCUCUCGCACAAGAAAACGAUGUGGCGCUCAUCUCCCUUCUUGGCCGCCUAGGCGAGAAUGUUAAGCAUAUUCGCGAACUAGGCAAAAAAUCAGCCAUCGUGGAGACGGGGAAGCAAAUUGGUGAUCCAUCGAAAGGCCGCAAGUCUCAUAUGGCUCUUCAAUCACGAUUUGAUGAUGAAUUGAGGGAAAGCGGAUUGCAAAUUAUGUAAAACAAGCAAGAAAAGAUGAACAGAAUUCAUGAGAAAUGAGGAAUGAUAUGAUAGUUACUACCCAUUUCUUUCUUUUC